GGAAUCAUAUUGCAAUCCCCCAAGACAUUCCAUUGCCUAAAAAUGAAGACAACGUUGUUUGCCAAAUAUGUGAUAUUUCUGGACAUGUUGCUAUUAUAUGCCCGCAAUGAUAUAAAGUAACUUGUCAACUGUGUAACCGUGAGGGUCAUACUGCAAAAGUUUGCCCAAAUCGUUACCGAUCAGAAAGCGCGUCAGACCCAUCCUCUACACCUACUGAGUCUUCUGAAACUAUUACAAAGAUUUUUGCUAAUGAUCGUCUUACAUUUACAAAAAAGUCUUGGGAUGAAGCAUGUAAAAAAUUACAUUCCAUUCAAGAACCGUAGUUAUUUUACCUUAUUUACUUAUAUUCUGCAAUGUAUUUUCUUGUCACGCCCCAGAACCCAAAUCUAGGGAUGUGGCAGACGCCGUGCACUCGUGAGACGGGUCCCACAAGUGCACAAGGCUCGGAACUUAUUCAAAUCACAAACUAAUACCAUCAAAAUCUGAAGAUCAAAUUAUAAAAUCUCUUUGAUAUCAUAAAUCUCCAAUAAAAUCUCCAAAUACAAGAUCAUGAUUUAUAUCUAAAUCUAUGCUCAAUCUCGAAAUGACAAGCCUUCUAACUUGUCACUCCCCUUGAUUUCCCCGUCCUCGCUUUCACUUCCUGAAAUGGUGGACAAGGAAAACUAUGAGAUAAGCUCAAUAAGUAAAUAUGGAUAGC